AUGUCGAGGGCAUCGCAAUUAGAACAAGAAAAUGACCAGCAGUUCCACAUGCUAGCCAAUAAGAUUUCGACUUUCAAAGAUAUCGCCAAUGAGAUCAAUGGAUAUGCACAAGAGGAUUCCACAACAUUAAACACAAUGUCAGGAACAAUGACAAGGCUCUCUGAUGAGAUAAAGCAUGGUGCACAUAAAUUAAAGAGAGUCGUGAAUUCGAAUCCGAAAAUGACCAGAAUGGUUGCCAUUGGUGUUGGAGUUUUUAUUGUGCUAUACAUUACAUUCAACCACUUUGUGUGA